AACGCCAAUACUAUCGAUCUAAACAUUUAAACAAACUACAUCUGGCUUAAUGUUUUAUACACGUGACAGACACCCUUAAAUUCUCUCGAGGCACGUGCAGAGAUCGAGCUGCACCGAACGCUUUCCCACCGGCUUUUUUCCUCCUCCAUACCUGUCAUAACUUGUCGUCAACAACAGCAUCUUAAAGUGAUUCACGGCCUUGUAAGAGCUGCAGGGUUUGUGAGGAAUCAGGAAGCAUUCCUUGUUUUUCACGGAAGUCUAGCCUAUCUGUUUGCCAUGGCCGAGGAUCUUCCAGGCUCGCUUUCGGGGCCUUCUAAACGCCCGGGAUGUACCGUUGUGAUCGCUAUGGAUGGAAGUUUAUAUUCCCAACAUGCAUUUGAAUGGUAUGUUGAAAACAUGUACAAAAAAUACCCGGCUGAGCACUUAAAAGACUCACAUAAGAAACCACCAUACUUGACCACAGACCCUUCUAAGGCCUCGGAGUUGGCAAAUGAAGAGGAGAGAAAAAUCAAAGAAAUGUUUGCUGAUUGGAAAGAUCAAAUUAAACAAGCAGGGAUUGAUGGAUGUGUAGUUAGAACAUCCGGGGAACCUGGACGAGCUAUCAUCAAAAUUGCGCGUGGAGAAGGCGCUGAUUUUAUCGUAAUGGGAUCACGUGGUCUUGGUACGCUACGCAAAACGUUUAUGGGAAGCGUUAGUGAUUACAUCGUGCACCAUGCGCAUAUACCAGUGACUGUUGUUCGAAAUCGUGAUGAAGAUAAUCAAUGAUAAAAAUUUAACUUGUCUGCAAGUUAUGUUUGAGCUCUAUUUAUUUUCGAUAUUUUUUCUUUCAUUAAAUUUUGUACAUACCA